GUGCUUUGUCGACGAAUGCCACUGGUGGGGACUUCGGCUCUGAGAAGAGGCAUAGGAACGAUUUUGCCCUGUGGAAGAGUUCAAAGCGCGGGGAGCCUAGCUGGGAGUCACCUUGGGGUCUAGGCCGUCCCGGCUGGCACAUUGAGUGCAGUGUGAUGGCUAGUGAGGUUUUGGGAGCUCACAUUGAUAUCCACGGUGGCGGGUCUGAUCUGAAGUUCCCUCAUCACGAUAAUGAGAUUGCUCAGAGUGAAGCCUAUCACUUCAACGCCCAGUGGGUCAAUUACUUUCUGCAUGCUGGUCACUUGCACAUCAAGGGCCUCAAGAUGAGUAAAAGCCUGAAGAACUUCAUUACUAUUAGACAAGCUCUGCAAAGUUACACUGCGCGUCAGCUGCGUAUUAUGUUUUUGCUGCAGCAGUGGGACAAGCCAAUCAACUUCUCUGAUCAGACAAUUGCCGAGGCGAAGGACAAGGAAACUCGUUUUAAUUCCUUUUUCAACCGCGUGAAGGAACUCCUUCGUACCCGUCCCCCUUAUUCUAUCAGACAGAAGUGGGAAGAAGAGUCUCUCGAUUUCGCCAUAAACGAGCAAAUUGCUACUGCGAUGGCCGCUGUUCAUGAGGCACUGUGCGACAAUUUUAACACGUCGGAGGCGAUGACUCAGCUGGACAAUAUCGUUACGGCGGUGAACUCGUAUAUGGUGAAGUCCGAAAAUCCGAAGGCAACUCUUAUUCAGGAGGCGGCACAAUAUGUGCAAAAAAUGCUAACGAUUUUCGGUGUUACUGACAACGCGGAUGUCCUUGGCCUAUCGAGCGGAGCUCAAGGGGAGGAGUCAAAGACUCUCUCUAACGUCCUUACCGCCUUCGCCUCCUUCCGGGAACAGCUGCGAUCGACGGCCCAAGCAGACAAGAACAAGAUGCUAUUGCAGAUGUGUGAUGACCUUCGCGAUGAGACUAUGGUCGAUCUCGGAGUUCGCCUUGAAGAUAAGCCAGAUGGAAGCAGUGUGUGGUCGCUGGAGGAUCCGAUAGCGUUGAAGCGCGAGAUCGAGGCGAAGAAAGCCCAGAAGAAACGUGAGGCCCGUAUGAAGGAGAGGCGCAAGUUGGAGACUAAAGUUCAAGAGAAGACGAAAGAACUUCAGCGGUGGACGAAGGCUCUGGUAGACCCUGCUGAGUUCCUCAGAGACGAAUCGAAAUACGGGUCCUGGGACGAUGCUGGAUUGCCUCUGACGUUCGCCGACGGUUCAGAGAUCAGCAAGAAAGCUAGGAAGCAAGCGAUCAAGGAAAUGGAUAAGCACGUGAAGGAUCAUAAUGAGGUUGAAACUCGCGGCGGUGAGAGCUAUGUACAGUCCGUUGAGAAGGAG